AUGGCUAUACUGAUUCACAGCAGAGACGAUAAACGUGACGGAACUGCAAAGAAGACAGGAGCCGACAACCAGGAAAAACUAGAGGAAGUCACGUCCAUGGAUCAGUUCCGGCAGAUCUUACCUCUUUACGGUCUUCCGCGCCCAAAAUUGGAUCUGUUGCCGAUUGGCGUUGAACCGUAG